AUGCUUCCAUUCUCGAAUCAGCGUCGUCGCUCCCAGGAUGAUGCCGGCGAGCCCGACCCAGAAGCGGACCACCUCAUCCCCACGCGGAAACGCCGGCACCGCGUCCGCGUCCAAGGCCGACUCGCCGUCGUCCGCAGCGUGUCCACAGCGAACCUGCGGCCCGCAACGUCCGUGGCCCCGGCGCUCCCAUCCCCGGUCGCAGCAGCCGCGAGCGGAACGACGACCCCGGCGACGCCCCGGUUCGAGUCAGGCGUCGCCGGCACCACGGACGCGCCCCUGCGGAGGAGGAAAAGCCUCGACGACGCGAGCAGCGACUGCACCGAGGAGGACGACGCGAAAGAAACGGCGGUGCGGGACCGCCAGCUCAGGGGGUACGGGAUCGGCGGCGCCGGGAAUAUCAGUGAGUUUCUUGCCCCGUUUUCCCUGGGCUCCGGCAGCGGCAGCAUCGAAAACAGAGACUGA